AUGAAGACGGUUUGGUGUGCUGAAAUCGCUUCCAAGGCCUACAUCGACACCGUUCGAACGGUAAAAACGGGCGGGUUUCAGGAUUCCGAAGGGGCAGAGCUGGUUUCCGCCAUGGCCGGCGGCUCCAACGCCCGGCUCAUCGUCGAGGCGUGGACGCUUGGCAGUGACGUGGCGACCAGCAUCGGACUGGCCAUCGCGAGCAGGCACACGGGAGGGAGACACGUGUGCGUGGUCCCGGACGAACAGUCCAGAUUAGAGUACGAGGACGCGACGUCCCAGGCGGGCGUGUCGCCAGAAUUCGUCGUUGGGGAGGCGGAAGAGGCGAUGGAGGGGCUUCCGGGCGUGGAUUUCGUGGUGAUUGAUUGCCGGCGCAGGGACUUGGCGAGAGUACUGAGGUUUGCUAAGAUGAGCAGCAAGGGAGCGGUUCUGGUCUGCAAGAACGCGAGCCCGAAAGCCGUUCCCGGGUUUAGAUGGCGUGGCAUGCUUGGAAGCGGCACACGUGCCGUACGAUCCACCUUUCUACCGGUGGGGAAUGGGAUGGAGAUCGCGCAGUUGGGAACAGGAGGGGGUUUGGGUAAUAAGAGCCGUUGGAUCAAUCAUAUAGAUCGAAACACCGGAGAGGUGCACGUUUUCCUGAGAUGA